AUGAAUCGAUUAUUAGACAAAACAAAUGCAUUACCAUACAAUCCUAAACCAAAAAUGCCUUUCCAUAAGAUGGAAAAUAUCAGCAAUUUUCUGGAUGCCAUUAAAGCAUACGGUGUUCCAGAAAUUUCAUGUUUUCAAACGGUUGAUUUAUAUGAAAAUAAGCAGUGCUACAAAGUGAUCGAAUGCCUGAGGGCACUAGCUGCUGUGGCUCAAUCAAAAAAUGCGCCAGUACCAUUUCCAUCAUGGGUUGUUAAACUUUCCCAGGGUCAUCCUCGUUCCUUCCCGGAAUCAGUGAUACGUCGUGGUGAGAUGGUAAUCCCAUUACAAUAUGGUACAAAUAAGUGCGCUUCACAGAAAGGUAUGACACCGUACGGUUUAACAAGGCAAAUCAAACCGGAAACCUAAAACUUUACGUAAAAGAAGUUUGUGAUACAUUAUGUAAUUGAUAGUAUUAUAUAAUAUUAUGCUGCACUAAUAUUCUU